UGAACCAUAAAGAAGACUUUGCUGCUUGCAAGUUGGGCCGUACUUUGAGGAUCUGUGAAUAAUAAGCUGAAACGGUGGUGUAUGGUAAGCCGUAAGCUUCAUAAGCUCCUGCUGUUUCUGAUGAACCGGGCUUCGGGAAAAAAAAUGACAAAAGUGUAAUUUGUUGGGGUGUAUAAAUACGUGAAUUGUACAGUCCAUGUCCAAAAAUCACAAUAUACAUGUUCUGAGCUGUGACACUGAGGUUGCGCAUGCAAACAUGUAUAAGCAGUCUGCUCCGUGUAUAUAAACUUGGAUUUGGCUCAACUACUUGCAUCUGCAUUCCAGAACAUGCAGCUACUUAUGCUCAAUUCCUUGCUUCAAUUGUAUCGUGAACUAGAACAAAAAUAUUGAAAUAUUUGUAUAUCAUAUAUGUUCGUACUACUCCCUCUGUCCAGGAAAGGAUGUUGCGUGGCCGUUUUUCUGAAAAGCCCCUUCACAAAUUCCUGACAAACAGAAUACUCCAGCUUCUUCUCCUGUCUCGCCCGUCCCCCUGCCACUCCGCGCCGGCCUCGCUUGCCGGCGCCGCACUUCCCCCACAUGCCUCCUCCCGCGGUUCAGACGGCCACCACGCUUGCGCUGCCCUUCUCCCCCGCGCUGCUCCCCCGCGAUGUCCAUUGAAAUCUGCCACCUUUCUCCUCCCGCGAUUCGGACGGCCACCGCCUGCACCGCCCUUCUCCCCCAUGCCUGUGCCGCCCUUGAUCCCCCGCGCUGCUCACCCGUGCUGCUCCCCUGCAAUUUCCAUCGAAAUCUCCACCUUUGUGCUGCAGUGCAACGUGAGGUGGAAGAUUUAAAUCUUCCACCCUUGUCCUCCAUGGCGGGCGGCGGCGCAGAUACGAAGCCAUGCGCAGAAGCUCGGCCUUACUGCAGGGCUGCCACCGCAGCACCCGAUUCGAAGGCUCGGCGUGGCGCAGUUGCAGAGUACAGAGGGCUCGCCGGUCGUGAGCGGCGCGGUUCCAGGUCCACCGGGUGUUCUUCUUCAGAGUUCCAUCGGGUGGAGCUGCCCCGGCCUUCUUCCUUCGUCCAAUGUAAUGUUCAGGUCCUUUUUGGAAGAAGCUACUGUACUCAAAAUUCAGUUAGCAGACUAGUCAAAAUAAAUUCAGUUAGCAGACUACUCAAAAUUGAAGCACAAUCUGGAAGAGGAACAGGAACAGGAGUAAUAUCAUUCAGUGUCACAGGUUCAACAGGUUCAGGAGUAAAAGCAGCAGGUUUUGUAGGUUCCGGCGCACCAGGUCGAGGAGAAGCAGCGGCGAAGCGGAGAAGAGGAGGGCCAGCGGCUCAGCAGGCGGAGCAGCAAGCCGCGCGCGCAGGCAGCCAGUCCGGCGGCGAGGCGCUGUGGAGCAGCAAGGCGCUCGCAGGCAGAGAGCAGGCGAGCGGCGAGGCGUUGUGGAGGAUCAGAGGCACAACGGAGCAGAGGGAGGCGACCGCCACGAUCCCAGAUCACGAGAGCAGCGGGAGGCCGGUGGGAGCGGAUGGUUGCGCGAGGGCAGCGGGGGGCCGGCGCGAGCUCGGGCGGCGCGAGGGCAGCGGGAGGCCGGCCGGGCGUGGGCAGCGGGAGGCCGGCGGGAGCUCCAGCCGUGCGAGGCCAGCGCGACGGCGACGGACAGUCAAGAUUUCAGUUUGAAUUUGAGAUAUGAAUUCAAAAUUUCAAAUUCAAGGGACAUUUUUGCAAAUUUUCGUUUGAACUAGAAGGUGGGGUAGUUGCGACAUCCUUUCCUAUACGGAGAGAGUACAUGGUUUACUUGUGCAGCUAUGAAGUUGCUCAAUCGUUUUGGAAAACAGCACAUCCUCUCGAGUUUGGUGCUUCGAACACAAUUUCACGUAUCUCUGUGUUGAAAAAAGGUUAGAUCGAGGGCUUUUCAUUGCAA